GGGCCAAAAAUGAAAAAGUAAAAAAAAAAAAAAACCUACGAAGCUUGGGAGCCUAACAAGUGGCACAACAUCAUCAAUCAUAGGACAUUAGCUUGCUUAUACCCUGUUCCUUGGCCGUUAUUUCAGUAUAUGCUAGCAGUUUGUUUGAGCCUUUGACUCUGAUGCAUGCAUUCUAUUACUAAAGGCAAGGCAGAGUGAACAAAAGAGGAAGCCGAAGAAAGCCUUUAAUUUGCAAGCUCAAGCUCCUUGCAUAACUCAAGUAGCUGAAAGGGAAAUUUAAGAUGCCGAUUUAUCGGAUUGCGAUUGGGACGCCUGGAGAAGCGAGCCACCCUGAUGCACUCAAGGCCGCGCUUGCUGAGUUCUUCUCUAUGCUUAUUUUUGUUUUUGCUGGUCAAGGCUCCGGGAUGGCUUUUAAUAAGUUGAGCAAUGAUGGGUCACCAAAUCCAUCAGGACUGCUAGCUGCAGCAUUAGCCCAUGCAUUUGCACUUUUUGUGGCAGUCUCAGUAGGUGCAAACAUAUCAGGGGGUCAUGUGAAUCCUGCUGUCACGUUUGGUGCUUUCAUUGGUGGGAACAUAACACUUUUGAGGAGCAUUUUGUACUGGAUUGCUCAAUUACUUGGCUCUGUUGUUGCCUGCAUACUUCUUAAGUUUGCUACUGGAGGAUUGGAAACAUCAGCAUUUGCCUUGUCGUCCGGUGUUUCUGUGUGGAACGCCCUAGUUUUUGAGAUUGUGAUGACCUUCGGGCUGGUGUAUACGGUGUAUGCUACUGCAGUGGAUCCAAAAAAGGGUAAUUUGGGAAACAUUGCACCCAUUGCAAUUGGGUUCAUUGUGGGUGCCAAUAUCUUAGCAGGUGGUCCAUUUGAUGGUGCAUCAAUGAACCCAGCAGUCUCCUUUGGACCAGCUGUGGUCAGUUUGUCGGUUUUUGAUCAGAAAGAUCGAAUUAGAUUAUCGAUUAAAGAAAAAUAA